AUGGGUUCCCACCAAGACUUCAUCCUCGUCCCCUCCCAAAGUGCCACUUCUGCCUUUUCUCUCUGCUCCAUUUCCCUCUUCCCUGACCAACCCUCUGCUGCUCCUCAGCAACAAGCCCCCUCCUCCUCCUCCUUCAACGCCAUCUACUCCCGCAUCUUCAACCUCCUGAACGCCAAUAUUCUCUCCGCCCGCGCCUUCUCCAACACCGCCACAUCCAAGUACCAAGAAUGGUGCUAUGGCGUAACCGCCCAUCUGCUUUCCUUCGCCGCCGCCAACUCUCGCGCUGCAACCGCGCUGGAGAUUGCAAAGAUGAAGUACCACCACGGUAACUUUGCAGCAGCGGUGGAAGCAGCAGAGAUGGAGCUUAGGGAGAAGAGGGAGUUGCUUGCUUGGUUCUUGGGGUGGGCGGGCCAGAGACAGGGGGUUAGUGAGGAUUGCUUGUGGGAGUUUUGGUGGUGGGUUCAGGAGCCGCAAGAGCGGGCAGUGUCGCUGAGAGAUCAGGGGCAGAGAGGGCAAGAGGGGGAAGAGCAUGACUGGGCUGAGAUCAAUCAGGAGAUAGAGGAACAGAGGUCUGAACGGCAGCAGGAGGAGGAGGAGGAGGAGGAGGAGGAGCAAGAAUCGGGUCCCCGGGCCCAAAAUACUGGGGUUGUUUCAGGAGUUGCUUCCUCUGCUGCUUCCUCUACCUCAUCUGCUUCCUCUGCCUCUUCUGCUUCCUCCGCCUCCUCCGCCUCCUCCGCCUCCUCUACUCUCUCCUCCUACCCUGUGCCCCUCGACUACACCGCCCUCCUCGCCGACCUCCACCGCCCAGACCGCGACACCAUCACCGAGCAAGAAGCAUCUGCCACCUGGCACAAUCUACACGCCUAG